GGGAGGAAGACACUCUAUGUACUUGGCAGAGAUGAAGAGCUUGUUCCUUCUGCUCAUGCUAACAAUGAUGCCACCUUCUGCGUUUUCAGGCCACCGGAUGAAACAGCAGAUUGAUGUCUGGGGGAACUGGGGUGAAUGGGGCAAGUGCAGUCGGAGCUGUGGUGGUGGAGUCAGCUUCCGGCAACGGCGCUGCUAUUCCCAAAGGACAGAAGGUCCUUCCAGUUGUGUUGGACCAGCUCGAAGUUAUAGGUCAUGCAACAUUCAGAGCUGCCCGGAAGGCUCCCAGGAUUUCCGGGCAGAGCAGUGCGCAGAGUUCGAUGGGACAGAAUUCCAAGGAAAGAAAUACAAGUGGCUUCCAUAUUAUGGAGCACCUAAUAAGUGUGAGUUAAACUGUAUUCCCAAGGGAGAGAACUUCUACUACAGGCACAAGGAAGCAGUGGUAGAUGGGACUACCUGUGAACCUGGCAAGCGGGAUAUUUGUGUAGAGGGAGUUUGCCAGGCUGUUGGCUGUGAUAACAUGCUGGAAUCUGCCAAGAAGGAAGACAAGUGCCUGCAGUGUGGAGGAGAUGGCAGCACCUGCUAUGGUGUGAAGGGCACUUUUGAUGUGCCCAGCCUCCCCAAAGGUUACAAUCAAAUCUUCAUAAUCCCUGUGGGAGCCACAAGCAUCCGAAUUAAGGAGGUUAAGCCCAGCAGAAACUUCCUUGCUGUCAAGAACGUGCGAGGGGAGUAUUACCUGAAUGGGCACUGGACAAUCGACUUCAGCCGAGCGCUGCAGGUAGCUAGCACGGUUGUGCACUAUGACCAUGGCUCGGAGGGUGACCUGGCCCCAGAGCUCCUCCAUGCCCAGGGUCCCACCACGGAACCCCUCAUCAUUGAGCUCAUCAGCCAGGAGCCAAACCCAGGGGUACAGUAUGAGUACUACCUGCCUGUACAAGGACAGGCCUCGGGCUACAGCUGGAGCUACGGUUCCUGGAGUGAGUGCAGCUCUGAAUGCGGAGGAGGUUUCCAAACCCGCUUGGUGUUUUGUACCAUAGACAAUGAAAUUUAUCCAGACUAUAUGUGCAGGAAUAAACCACAACCAGACAAUAACCGGACAUGUGGCCAUCAGACUUGUCCCCAGACAAAACGGACUUCUUACAUCUAUCUGCCGCAACCCUGGAGUCACAGUGGAGCACGGAGCUCUCAAAUGAAGAGGUGGAAAACAGGGGAGUGGGGACCCUGCUCGGCUACUUGUGGUGGGGGCACCCAGACUCGCCCUGUAUACUGUGUGGCAUUUGAUGGUCAGAGCUCCCAAGGGGUGGUGGAUAACGCUGAGUGCAUGGCCUUUGCACAGCAGCCUCGCAGCAGUCAGCCCUGCAACAUGAGGCAAUGUGCAACCUGGAGCACGGGGCCCUGGUCAGAGUGCUCAGCUAGCUGUGGGGAAGGGGUGCAGACCCGGACUGUCACCUGCAGAACGCAGCAGGGCUCUCAGGCUCAGGACUUCGCUUGCCUAAUGGAGCCAAAGCCAUCGGCCACCCAGCCCUGCCUUAAGGAGAACUGCAUCCAAGUAAUUGGCUGGCACGUUGGAGACUGGGGUCUGUGUUCCAAGAGCUGCAAUUCAGGCAUCCGGACACGCCAAGUGGUUUGCGCUGACGGCGACUCCAAAUUCUACAGUCCCGAGACAUGCAAAGCCAUCCAGCCACAGAAACCAGCCACCCUGCGUAGCUGCAACAUGCAGCCCUGCUACCUGCCACAGCAGGUCCCCAGUAUGCAGGACACUAUGGGAUAUGAUGUCACUCGCCAGUCCUUGCUGACACGUUACAACCCAAACAGCCCUGCCACAGAUCCUGGUCAUGAAAGGAUGCUCCCUGGGAGCUCCACGAUCCAUGAUACUUCUGGAAAUCACCAUGUCCCAUCCACCAAGGACCGUGGCAUCAACUUGUUGCCUGUUCGCUGGGAAUCCCAGUCACAUUCCUCGGGUUCCCAUCACCUCAGCUUCUCUCAGGACCUCACUGCAGGGACUGGCUCUCAGGACUGUCAUCAGAGCCCACAUGGCUGCUGUCCAGAUGGGCGCACUCCAGCCUCAGGCCCUUUGGGCAGAGGUUGCCCCUUCAGCACCUGCCACCGAAACAGGUAUGGAUGCUGUCCUGAUGGAGUAUCGGCUGCCCAGGGUCCUAACAACAUGGGAUGCCCACAAUAUUACCGUGACAUUCAAGUAAGAGGAAAUCAGCCCACUGUGCCCACUCCAACAGCAAGCCAAGCCUUGUCCCAGCAGCACCCCUCAGGCGAGUGCCGCAGUUCCAUGUACGGCUGCUGUUUUGACAAUAUUGCUUCAGCUUCAGGUCCUCAAGGGGAAGGAUGUCUCAAUAGGCCCAACUACCCGUAUCCUGUAACAUGCCUGCUGCCCAGUGCCCAUGGCCCGUGCUCAAACUGGACCACUCGCUGGUACUUUGUGGCCGUUGUAGGCAAUUGCAACCGGUUUUGGUAUGGAGGUUGUCAUGGCAAUAAGAACAGCUUUGCCUCAGAGGGGGAGUGCAUGAGAGUGUGCCACAACUCUGCGGGGGUCAGUCCUCUGGAGCACCAGCCCUCUUCUGGCACAGGAGCCCUGCAACACCAGCACACCAGCUCCGGCUCUAGUACAGGGGAUGCUCAGGGUCAGCAGCAGCUACCCCUGAGAGAGUCUGCAAGUCACAGCCAAGAAGGAAGAGCUUCAUCCCCCAUGCAAGACAGACACAGACAAGACAGUCGGAGAACUGAGGUGCUGCUAAAGUCUUUGCCAAGGACUGGUGUGCUGGAGAGCCAGCGCUGGGGCACCCAGCAAAGCAGACUGGACAGCCUGAGCCUGCAGCAUGUGUGGGAAACAGCAGUGCCCGGGCCCUCAGAGAGGCAGAGGAGUAGUGGCCAGCAGGAGCUGCCCCAGGAAGGCAAGCAGUGGCAGAAGGCUUUUGGAGCAGACGUUUCCAUCACAGAGGGAUUUGGGCACCAGGCGCCCGCAGACGUGUUCCCAGUCCAGGCUCUGCACAGAGCCAUCCUGGAAGAAGCCAAUCCCUCUCUUGUGACAGUAGCUGUGGGGCAAAACGUCCAGCUGAUCUGCCUGGCAGGCAUGUCCCCCUUCUCCAGAGUGGAGUGGAUGAAGGACAGCCGACCGGUCUCCUCUGACAGGCGCACCUACCAGUCUGGCAGCUCCUUAAUGAUCAGCUUUGUCAAGCCGGAGGAUGCCGGGACUUACACAUGCCUAAUUUCUGAUGGGAGGACAGAGACCCGGCAGAUACAGUUACAGAUCAUAGAGUACCAGAGCGCUGCUAUGGCGGAGGGUGAGAGAGGUCAGGUCCUUCACAAGGAAAAUCAUCAACAUCCAGAGCUACCCAGAGGCAGGAAGGUUGUACAGGCAGCCGGUUCCUCUGUGCAUCAGCAAUUCACAUACAGAUUGAGGAUGGAUAAGAGCGAACCCUCAGUAGUGGAAGCCAACAUCGGGGAGAGAGUCAGACUGCCCUGCACAGUGGAAGCAUCGCCGGCUCUCACCGUUGAGUGGCAGAAGGACGGGCAGCCCCUCUCCUCUCCCAGACACAGGCAGCAGUCAGACGGGGCCCUGGUCAUCAGCCGGGUCAGCUCUGAAGACAUCGGCUUCUUUACCUGCAUUGCCUCAAAUGGACGUGACCAGGACCAGCACCAGGUCCUGUUCCGACCUCUCGGAGAGCUGAGGAUCACUGGUCUUCUGCCAAGCAUCACGGUACCUGAGGGAGGGACUGCUCAGCUCCGCUGCACAGUGACUGGCAACAACGUGAAUAUAAGGUGGUCCAGGAACGGGGUCCCCAUGCGGGCAGAUGGGCACCACAUCCACCUGUCCCAGGAUGGAAGCCUAAUCAUCAGCAAUGUUCAAGAGGCUGAUGAGGGAUCCUACACAUGCAGCGCCUACAGCAGCAGCAACUCCGUCAGUGCCAGCACAGAGGUGAAGGUGCUGAGGAGCCGGCCUAACACUACUGUGAAUCGCAUUGUGGACCUGAGCAGUGAGUGCGUGGACCAGCCCCACCUCGCCAACUGUGAUCUGAUCCUGCAGGCACAGCUCUGCAGCAACGAGUACUACUCCAGCUUCUGCUGCGCUAGCUGCUCUCGCUCCCAACCGCCGGCCAGCCCUCCUCGUCACCGUGGGUGACGGACACCCUGCGGCCACAGCAAGAACAGGUGACCGAUUGCAAGGCUGCAUGUCUGAACUCUGUCCUCUUCCUGCAUCAAACUGUUCUGGGAGCUCUGCUGGGCUGGAAAAGCUCAAGAGUGUGAAUUGAACAGAGGGUAGCGAGUGUAACUGUUCAAAGGUGGGAGAGCCACCACACUCAAGUUUAUUGUAAACUUCUCUUUUCCCUGCUGUAUGGCUUGCUGUAGCUAUCCAUUUCUUCACUUAAGGGUAGUUGCUGUCGUUCACAGAAAAAGAUGAUAUUGGGAACAUAAGGAUGCUGUGACUUUAGAAAAGGCAGAUAACCAACAUGAAAGAGGGAGAGACCAAUUCUUCAUGCAAGCAAGAGAGAGAAGUGCUCCUAAAGAAAAUAAGCUUUGAAGUGUUUGAAGAUGGGUCUGAACUGUCUUAACCAAAUCACUAACGAGCGAUGAGCAUUUGUAAUGCUGGGGAGCACUUUCCAUCCAAAUGCAAAGGACUCUGCCCAUGAGAAACAGCUUGAUGCGUAUCAAAUUAGUGUUCAGGUCCUUUGAGAUUACUAGCUCUAGGGAUGCCAUGUUACUGGAGCUAUUUUAUUCCAGUAGACCUUAGACAAAUUUCUAGUUGAGUCAGUUUGGCUUCUACUUGACUGUAAUCAGCUUUGGAGUGUAAUGCACAAGCAGUGCUUCACAAAAAGCUUAAGACAAAAUAGAAGAAUACUUUUAGGCCGUUCCCAAAUGUUAGGGGUAAUUUGGAUGAAUAUACCAACACCGUUAUCUGUUCUGAAAUGCUGCAGUUUAAAUAUCACUCGCCCUAGGAAAGCCCAGCAGAUAAUUUUAGGGUUGUUUUUUUCUCAGAGCCAGAACUGUGCUGGUGAAUUUACUGCAAAGCUGGGCUCAGCAGUAACGUUGCACUGAGUUUCAGCUUGGGGAGCUGAAUAAUAUACACAUAGAAAUACGUGUAGGGGUUGACUUGCCAGAAUAAAACUGCCAGUGAUCUGCUCUAGUCUCGGGUAAGGCCAGGCAAGCCUGGCUCUGCAUGGGGUCUUGGCUGAUUCCUGCUGCUAUGGGCUAACAAGUGAGGACUUCCAGAUGCAGAGCAGCUGUAGUUGAAAAGCAUUCUUUGUUUCAAGACAAAGGCUGAGUGGCAGUGAGCAUGCAUAUGAGGCGCUGAAAGAGAGUCUCAGGCAUUAAGGAGUGUGACUGGGGAGGUGAGAAUAUAUCAUGAUUUGUUAGACCAGGAAAGGCUGUUGGGUGUGUUCAGUAUCUCAAAAUGGAAUUAUUUUUGAGCAAAAGCAUUUUUUACAGCUUGAAAAUUGCCUCCCCAGGCUUGACCACCUAAAGCUGGUGUGGACUCUAAAUCCAGUAAAUCAGUUCAGAUGCACCUAAAAAUAAGAAUGACUAACCUCAUGAUUGCACCCUCUUCAUUCAGCACAGGUGUGGCUUCCGGGUUGUACACCUUGCUUUAAGACAUGAACAAACUGCAAAGUCUAGAAGCAAUCCAGUAAAGGAGGGAGAGGUGAUGGUCAUGCAGCUAUUUGGGGGUGGGUCUUUCUGUGGCCUGAGAAGAGUCUGCUUGCUAGAAAAGACAAAUACUGAUCUUGUAGUUGAGAGUCUCUUAAUUAGGGAAUUCAUGGUAGGUGGUAGAGUGUAAGGUUUGAUGUUGACAUUAUCGGAUAUUUAAGAACAAUGGGACAGUCCUGAGGAUUUCCAGUUGUGUUUGUACGUAAUCUUGCAUUUACUAUCUCAGACCUGCAUCUUUUUGUGUGUGUGUGUGUGUGUGUGUGUGUGUGUGUGUGAUAUUUUUGUAUAUAGUGUGACUUCGCCUUUUGAGACCAGAGACUAAUCACAGACUGUGUGAAUUCCAGUCUUAGUGGAGCCCUCCCAGUUCACCUGUGGCAGGCAUGGAGGGUGGUCAAGGUCUGGACCUGCUUAGGAGCACGGUUAGAAGUUAAUUGUAGUUGUAUCAGCUCCUUUUUGUCCCAGAACAAGCAGUCACAUCUAUAAUAUCCCUUUCUAUGCCAGAGGCUCUAUUUUUAGGUUAUUUAAACAUUCUGUAUGGUCAGCUUUCGUUUAAGCAGUCUGGUUACUCAGGAUGUGUCUAGAGAAUGCUUUCUCAAGACUCACAAGGGCUUUAACAGUCCACUGUAUUCUGAUGUGCAGGACUUUGACAUUGAAGGUGCUUUGGUUAAUGAGUGCUUCCUCUGACCUCUUUUCAGCUGAUAAGUGUGGUACUAAGGAUGUAGUGGAAGACAUGCAGCUCACUACUUCAUGUACAUGCCAUCACUGUAAUAGUUAACAAAAAGCUCUUUUUGCAUUUCUUCUAUUUGACUUUAUGCUUUUCCCCUCUGUGUAACAGUCAGGCACUUAAAUGCCUGUUUACUUUUUUUGAGAAUCAAGAUCUUCAUUUUCUUCCCUAAGCAAUGGGUUGUAGGAAGGUCCCAUCCCCUCCACUGUUAUCUCCAGGGCAGGGGAAGGGUGUAGCUAUCCUGGGCUAUUUUCAGCUGAUCUCAGGGCACUACCGUGAAAGAUAGGGAACAGAGUAAGCUAUACAUAGUUUCUUUCCUAGUAUAAAUGUCGACAAAUAUUUGCUGCCUUUUUUUUUUUUUUUAAAAAAGCAUUGGUACCACUCAAACACCACAGGGAAUGUUGGUCAUUACCAUUCAUAUCGUACAGAAAACAGGUAAGAAUCUGUAAAGAAAAGAAGUCUCAGUUUUCUAGAACCACAUUACAGUGAGACUCACUGCACUGGCCUGGAAUUGGAAACUGCUGGCAAGCUCAAAUGCUAGGGCCAAACAAAGGGAGCAUUUCUUCUCCUUCAGGUUACCAAGUCUGACUUCGUGUCUAAACUGAUAUGGUGCAUGUAAGAAUUCAGUAAGCACCUGUCCCACUAGCAGGGUAGAUACCAGCUCACUGAAGAACAGAAAAGGAGUGAAAAUACAUUGUCUUCUCAUAUGGCAUGUAGGGUCUUCACUCAUUUUAGUAACAGGAGAAAGAAAAACAAAAAGUGAGUUUUCAUUUUCCCCCUUUUUGAAUAUGUCUUCAUAUUUGUCUCUGUAAAGGUGUUAAGAUGCAAUGAUUAAGCUUCCAGGUUGGCAAGCAGAGCUCAACUACAUUCACUUAGUAACACAGAAGAUAGCCAGAAGGGCAAAUGUGGAGAACUGAGUGGGGCUGGGAAAUAAAGCUUUCACAGACACUGCUUCUACCACCACCAUUUAUUUCUGUUAAAGCAGAUUAUAAAUCAUCAGUACAAAUAUAUAUAACUUACAUUUGCUUGUAAGGCCAAAGUUUAAAAGUAAAGUUAAAAUGAGAUGGUUUUCACAAGUCACUAGAGGCAGAACCUGGACCAGCUGCAGCCUUAACCACAAUGUUUCACAAAUCAGUGGGAAAAAAAA